AUGACCACAGAAAGCCCUACGGGACCAGCAUCCACUGGCAGGCCAACCGGCACCAUCCCAACCUUGACUACAAGUCCUACUGGAACCACAACUGAAUCUCCAAUAACUCCAACACCAACAACAGAAGAAACUGCCCCACCAACGGGAACCACAACUUCACUACCUACAAUAACCACAGAAAGCCCUACCGGAAAGUCAUCCACUGGCAGUCCAACUGGCAUGAUUCCUUCUCUCACAGGAAGUCCCACUGGAAUCAAAACGGCAUCUCCGAGUACUCCCUCACCAACAACUGGAGAAAACACCACACCACCUGGAACUGUAGUUACAAUUCCACCAACUGGAUCCACAGGAAGUCCUACAGAGGUAUCAUCAACUGGCAGCCCCACAGGAACAUUUCGUACCUUUACUACUGGUAGCCCAACUGAUUCCCCUGUUACUGGAACACCAACUGGUAGCAAUAUCCCAACAGCAUGGCCCACUGACAGCCCUUCCAUUUCUCCUACAGGAACAACUGCCACUAUUAUCCCAGCCACGGGUGCACCAACUAGAGUUGGUGAGACACUAACACCAACAGCAAGCACCACAACAGGAACACCCACUGGCACCCCAGGCACUGGCAGCCCAACAGGAGCGCCUGUUACCAGUUCGCCCACAACAACAACCACAGGGACUCCAUCUUCUGUCAAGAUCUGUUACCCAGAGGUUGUCCUGGAGGAAGAGACCUUUGAAACUUCUGACUCCUCUGAACCGUGGAGUGGUGGCAGCCUUUUUGACAGCGAGACUUCUGGUCAGUUCCUGGGACUCCUGGAUGAUGAGAAUCCACAGAUGUCAAACACCUACGAGAUCCCACUGUUCUCUGGACCAGAGCAAGAGGGCGCAAAGAGUGGCAUUCAAUGGACUCGAGUUACCCCUGAAGAGUCUAUCAGUGUUAAUGAUGGUCCCACUGAUGACACGAAGCACACCAUUUCUCUGACCAUCCCAUCUGAUUUGAUUGAGGAUGAUUCCCCCACCUCUCUAACGCUUGGAUUCCAGGUUGAUUCACCCAACCCCAAUUCAGAGGAGAGCUAUGGUGUUGAUGACUUGAAGAUCACAGCCUUGUACACAUGUGAGAAGACAGAAUCUCCUUCUGCUGUCACUACUGGUGCACCCACUUCUACUACCGGAACACCAACGGGCAGUCCUGUUAAUGUUGAACCUGGCCCCCCUCCAAAGACCUCCUCUCCCACUGGGAAAACAGUCAUUGCACCUUCUGCGAGUCCCUCGGAUGUGCCAUUAUCUAAGUAUUGUGAAAUAUCCAUUGAACCAGUUGCGGGAACAGAAACUUUUGAAAUUGUGCCGAUUGAAGUGGCAAGUACAGAUGGUGAAACUAUCAGUUUUGAUGUUUUUGAACUAUUGACAACUGAAGGAGAUGGAGAUUUGAGUUGGAUGGCUGCAGUGUACACUGCUGUUGACGAGACGGUUACAUGUGACGAACGUUUGCAGCCACAAUGGGGUAGUAAUGAUAUGAGCUAUUCAGCUCUUUGUGUUGAAGGAUAUGCUAAUGUCGAGCUGUAUUUCCAUGGUUUGUUGGACUCUGGAGAUCCUGAUUUGCUGCCAGAGGGAUGCGAAGGGCUUGAAGCUGUGGUAGAAAAAAGGACUGCAGCUUUUAUGGUGACGAUUCCUUGCGAUCCAAGCUGCUACAAGUCGGAGGCUCCCAACACAGUUGCUCCAAUUGAGACAGACCCAACUGCCAGUCCAGUAACACCCAGUCCAACAGAUGGCACACCAAGUGCACAACCCAGCUGGGUUGAAAAGGGCGAGGCAAUUGAAACGAAUUCUCCAUCAGCCAUGCCAUCAUGGAUCGAAAGAGGAGGUUCUCUGGAAACAAAUGUGCCCUCCUCGGGGCCUUCCACCUCUCCCACAACAAGAGAACCAACCACACCAGAGCCAAGUACAGCCACAACAGAAAUCCCAAGUUACAACCCGUCCUUGGUACCAACAACAACCUCUGCUAUUCCUACUACCAGCUCCGAACCAAGUGCCAGCAUGUCUGAUGAACCAUCCUCUGGGCCAUCAGAGACCCCAUCAUCUGGACCCACAGCAGUUGUGUCAGAAAAUCCCACAGUAAGUAUGCCCCCAACUGUAAGCAUGGAACCCACUUCAAGCACUGUUCCUUCUGCUGUUCCAAGUGUGGAUCCAACUGGCACCAGUAGUGCAAGUCCAACUGGAUCGCCUUCAGCAAGCCCCAGUGCGGCUCCAUCUGUCAAGGAAUGUUACGAUGAAGAGGUUGUUGUGGUGGACGAGAAUUUUGAGAGCUUUGAUUCCUCAGAAUCAUGGAACGGUGGCAGUCUCUUCAACAGCGAGACUGGUAGCCAGUUCUUGGGACUUCUUGGAACAGAGAAUCCAGAGAUCACCAAUACUUAUGAGAUCCCACUGUCUUCCCCUCCAGAACAAGACGGGGCCAAUAGUGUGACUGUGAGUUUCACUCUCUAUCAGCUUGAUUCCUCUGAUUCCUCCACCACUUUCUAUGCUGUCAUCAACGAUGAGCCCAUUGAGUUUGGAAACAUGGACCCUACAGGGUCACUUCCAGGCAGCAGCCAGAGCGGCAGCACUGACAGUGGCAUCAAAUGGACCCGAGUUACACCGGAAGAGUCCCUCAGUAUCAAUGAUGGAUCUGAGGACGACAAGAAGCACACAAUCACCUUGACAAUCCCAUCAAGUUUGAUUGAGGAUGACACACCCACUUCCUUGACAGUUGGCUUCCAGGUUGAUUCGACCAACCCAACUUCUGAGGAGAGCUAUGGAAUUGAUGACCUGACAAUUACAGCCGUCUACAUUUGUGGAACCGAAGCCCCCACAAGCGACCCAAGUGCUUCCCCCACGGUCGUUCCUUCCGACCGACCAUCUGGUUUGCCCUCCGCCAGCCCCAGUGCGGCUCCAUCUGUCAAGGAAUGUUACGAUGAAGAGGUGGUUGUGGUGGACGAGAGUUUUGAGAGCUCUGACUCCUCGGAAUCAUGGAACGGCGGCAGUCUCUUCAGCAGCGAGACUGGCGGUCAGUUCUUGGGACUUCUUGGAACGCAGAACCCAGAGAUGACCAAUACUUACGAGAUCCCAGUGUCUUCCCCCCCACAAGAAGACGGGGCCAACAAUGUGACUGUGAGUUUCACUCUGUACCAGCUUGAUUCCUCUGAUUCCUCCACCACUUUCUAUGCUGUCAUCAACGGCGAGCCCAUUGAGUUUGGAAGCAUGGACCCCACCGAGUCACUUCCAGGCAGCAGCGAGAGCGGCAGCACCGACAGUGGCAUCAAAUGGACCCGAGUUACGCCUGAAGAGUCCCUCAGUAUCAAUGAUGGAUCCGAGGACGACAAGAAGCACACUAUCACCCUGACAAUCCCAUCAAGUUUGAUCGAGGAUGACAAACCCACUUCCUUGACAGUUGGCUUCCAGGUUGAUUCGACCAACCCAACUUCUGAGGAGAGCUAUGGAAUUGAUGACCUGACAAUUACGGCCGUCUACAUUUGUGGAACCGAAGCCCCCACAAGCGACCCAAGUGCUUCCCCCACGGUCGUUCCUUCCGACCGACCAUCUGGUUUGCCCUCCGCCAGCCCUAGUGCAGUUCCUUCCAAGGAAUGUUAUGAUGAAGUUGUUCUAGAGGAGGAGGACUUUGAAAGUUCCGACUCCUCUGGAUCCUGGAAUGGAGGAAGUCUUUUCAAUAGUGUGACUUCCACUCAGAUCUUGGGUCUCCUUGGAACGCAGAACCCUGAGGUUACAAAUUCCUAUGAGAUCCCUGUGUCCUUUGGUGGGGAUGAAGUUGGUGCUUAUGCAGUAACUGUGAACUUUACCAUUUACCAACUGGAUUCAUCAGAUUCCUCGACAAAGUUCUAUGCUGUUAUUAAUGACGAGAACAUUGACUUUGGGAACAUGAAUCCAACAGAAUCACUUCCGGGUGGCAUGGAGAGCGGUAGCACAGAUAGUGGCAUUACAUGGACCCGUGUCACACCUGAAGAGUCCCUAAGCAUUAAUGAUGGGUCUGUGGAUGACAAGAAGCACACAAUUGCGUUGACAAUCCCAUCAAGUAUGAUUGAGGAGGAAGCUCCAACUUCGCUGGCACUUGGAUUUUUGGUUGAUUCACCCAAUCCAAACUCGGAAGAAACAUAUGGUGUUGAUGAUUUGACUAUCACAUCCUUUUAUACAUGUGUCAAGACCAGAACUGUUGAAAAGGAACCUACUGCAACUCCUUCGGUUGUGCCAAGCCCAAUCCCAAGCAAUACUCCAUCAUCAGUUCCCUCGGUUUCACCCUCUGGAAGCCCCAGCGCUGGACCAUCGGUGAGCCCCUCCCAAGAACCAACUGGAGGACCUACUAUUAGGCCAUCACAAAGCCCCUCCCAAGAACCAACUGGAGGACCUACUAUUAGGCCAUCAGAAAGCCCCUCCCAACAACCAACUGGAGGACCUACUAUUAGGCCAUCACAAAGCCCCUCUGGUCAACCAACUGGAGGGCCCACCCUCAGGCCGUCAGAAAGCCCCUCUGGACAACCAACUGGAGGACCCACUCCAAGUCCUUCGGAAUCACCCUCCGGAGUACCAUCUGAGAGCCCCUCAGGUCAACCCACUGAAGGACCAACUCCCAGUCCGUCAGCGUCACCUUCCGAAGUUCCAUCGGAAAGCCCCUCUAGUCAACCAACUGGAGGGCCCACCCUCAGGCCGUCAGAAAGCCCCUCUGGACAACCAACUGGAGGACCCACCCCAAGACCUUCGGAAUCACCCUCCGGAGUACCAUCUGAGAGCCCCUCAGGUCAACCCACUGGAGGACCAACUCCCGGUCCUGUCACCUUCUGA